AACACACCACCCAUCGUCAUCCCCUCAGUUUCUUUUCCAAUCUAGACUAUCAGGUAGUCAGAGCACCAUGCCGGCUGAGCCCCUGCCACUGUUCUUGAGCUCAGUCAAACUCAAGUAUGUGAAGCUCGGCUACCAGUACCUGGUGAACCACCUCUUGACCUUUCUCCUGAUCUCCACCAUGGUGGCCAUCCUCCUGGAAUUAGCCCGUCUCGGCCCCGAACAGAUCCUCUCUUUGUGGAGAUCCCUCCAUUUCAGCCAAGUCCAGCUUCUGUGCUCCAUCUUUCUCGCUGUGAUGGCCGCUACCUUCUUCUUCAUGUCGCGGCCACGCCCGAUCUACCUUGUCGACUACGCCUGCUUCCGGCCUUCCCGGACUUGCCGCGUGCCGUUCUCCACCUUCAUGGAGCAUGCGCGGCAAAUGCCCUUCUUCGACGAGAAGAGCGUCCGGUUCCAGCUGAGGAUUCUCGAAAGGUCCGGCCUCGGCGAGGAGACCUGCCUCCCACCCGCGAACCACUACAUACCCCCGCAGAGCAGCAUGGAGGCCUCCCGCGCCGAGGCCAGCCUCGUCAUCUUCUCCGCUAUCGACGAGCUCUUCGCUAAGACCGGCCUGAAGCCCAAGGACAUCGACAUACUCGUCGUCAACUGCAGUCUCUUCUCGCCGACGCCGUCCCUCUCCGCCAUGGUCAUCAACAAGUACAAGCUCCGGAGCAACAUCCUCAGCUUCAACCUCUCCGGCAUGGGCUGCAGUGCCGGCCUGAUCUCCAUCGACCUGGCGCGGGAUCUCCUCCAGGUACACCGCAACUCGUACGCCCUCGUGGUCUCCACGGAGAUCAUCACCCCCAACUACUACAGCGGCAAUCAGCGGUCGAUGCUCCUCCCCAACUGCCUCUUCCGCAUGGGCGCCGCCGCGGUGCUCCUCUCGAACCGCCGCCGUGAGCGCGCCCGUGCAAAGUACCGCCUCGUCCGCAUCGUCCGCACGCACAAAGGCGCCGAUGACCGUUCCUACCGCUGCGUCUACGAGGAGGAGGACGACGAGGGAAACGCAGGGAUCAAUCUCUCCAAAGACCUGAUGGCGGUCGCCGGCGAUGCGCUCAAGGCGAACAUCACCACCAUCGGCCCGCUCGUCCUGCCGGCCUCCGAGCAGCUACUUUUCCUUCUCAGCCUCAUCGGCCGGAAGAUUAUAUAUCCGGCGUGGAAGCCAUACAUUCCGGAUUUCAAGCGGGCCUUCGAGCACUUCUGCAUCCAUGCCGGGGGGCGGGCAGUGAUCGACGAGCUGCAGAAGAGCCUGGACCUGUCGGCGGAGCACGUGGAGGCGUCGCGCAUGGCGCUGCACCGCUUCGGCAAUACGUCAAGCAGCUCCCUCUGGUACGAGCUCAAUUACAUCGAGGCAAAAGGCCGGAUGCGGCGAGGAGACCGGGUGUGGAUGAUCGGUUUCGGCAGUGGAUUCAAGUGCAACAGCGCGGUGUGGAAGUGUCUCAGGACAAUCAGGACGCCGGUGGAGGGGCCCUGGUCCGGCUCCAUCCACCGCUACCCUGUCCACAUCCCGGAGGUGGUGAAGCUCCUCUAGAUUAUGUCUACCGACUACAAGACGGUUGGAAUAAGUUAUUGCUUCUGGACCAACGUUGUUCGAUUUGUUCUCGAGGAAGGCGUUGUUGGGCUCCGAGAGGGGGCUGGUUAACAUCAUGUUUCCACUGCUGCCACAUCCAUUAUAGUUGCACCCUUUGCGUUUGCUUCAAUUUGGUUUGACG